AUGUGUCGAAUUCUUAAGAAGCUCAGACACUUCAACAUCUCUGUUGUCAUUUGUGUACAGACAGCCAAGAGUUUAAGUAAGGAUGUUAAAAGAAUACUUACUGAUAUCAUACUUUUCCCUGGAUUGUCCGAAGACGAUUUCAUGGAACUUAUGAAAGAGUCCAUGGCAGGUAAGUUUGACAGACAUGAACUAUGGGAGAAGUACAAAGUCAUACAAGACCCUCAUACUUCUUUCAGAAUUCAUAUCUACGCAAACAAAGUUCAAAUUGUAAAAAGUCAAGCUUGA